CAAGGGAAAGGAAGCGCUCAGGCGCAGCAUCCCUGCCGGCCCGGGAUCUGAACUCGCGACCCUCCGUCCAGGGAGAUGCCUACGGGGUUCCAGCAGCUGCGGAUAAAGGAGGACGAGGAGAACGAGGAGGAGGAGGAAGGGGAGGAGGAGGCCGGGGGCCAGAUCACGACCACCCUGGUCCUGUCCGUCUUCGCGGCCGUCUUGGCAUCCUUGCAGUUCGGCUACAACAUCGGCGUCAUCAAUGCUCCGCAGAAGAUCAUUGAACAGAACUACAAUGCCACAUGGAAGGACCGCAAUGGGGAGUACAUCGACACCAACUUGCUCAAGACACUCUGGUCCCUGUCCGUUGCCAUCUUCUCCAUCGGGGGCAUGCUCGGCUCCUUCCUGGUGGGAGUCGUCUCAGAACGGCUUGGCAGGAAGAGGGCCAUGAUAGUGAACAACGGGCUGUCCUUUCUCGGGGGCGGUUUAAUGGGCCUGGCAGAGCUGGGCAAAUCCUACGAGAUGAUGAUCUUUGGACGGUUUAUGAUUGGCACUUUCUCAGGAUUUGCCUCGGGCCUCGUCCCCAUGUACAUCGGGGAGAUCUCCCCCACCAACCUGCGGGGGGCCCUGGGGACGCUGAAUCAGCUGGCCAUCGUCAUUGGAAUCCUUCUCGCACAGGUGCUGGGGCUGGAGACCCUCCUGGGCACCCCCUUGCUGUGGCCCCUCCUGCUGGGCAUCACGGUGGUCCCGUCCGUCCUGCAGCUCUUGAUCCUGCCCUUCUGCCCGGAGAGUCCCCGGUUCCUGUACAUCAUCCGCAACAAGGAGUCCAAGGCCAAAGACAGUCUCAAGCGGCUGACGGGCCUGGUGGACGUGAGCGCGGCGCUCAACGAGAUGAAGGAAGAGAAGCGCCGCAUGGACCUGGAGCGCAAGGUCUCCAUUCCGCAGCUCUUCCGCUCCCGCAUCUACCGCCAGCCCCUGCUCAUCGCGGUGGUCCUGCAGUUGUCCCAGCAGCUGUCCGGCAUCAACGCGGUCUUCUACUACUCAACCGACAUCUUCACCAAGGCCGGGCUUCAGGAGCCCAUCUACGCAACCAUCGGGGCGGGCGCCGUCAACACGGUGUUCACCAUUAUCUCGGUGUUCCUGGUAGAGCGGGCAGGAAGACGAACCUUGCACCUCCUGGGCUUGGUCGGGAUGCUGGUCUGCGCACUCCUGAUGAUGACCUCACUUCUCUUGGCCGAGCGCACGCCGGUGAUGGGCUACCUCAGCAUGGUGGCCAUCUACGGCUUUGUGGCGUUCUUUGAGAUCGGGCCGGGGCCCAUCCCCUGGUUCAUCGUGGCGGAGCUGUUCAGCCAGGGCCCCCGCCCCGCCGCCAUGGCGGUGGCCGGCUUCGCCAACUGGACCUGCAAUUUCAUCAUCGGCAUGAGCUUCCCGUCCAUCGCGGACGCAUGCGGCCCCUACGUCUUCCUCAUCUUCGCGCUCCUCCUCCUGGCCUUCGCCAUCUUCACCUUCUUCAAGGUGCCGGAGACGCGGGGUCGCACCUUCGAUCAGAUCGCUGCUACAUUCCGACGCACCCCGUCCCUGCUAGAACGGGAGAUCAAGCCGUACACCGAGCUGGACGAGCUGAGUCCGGACGCCCACGAAUGAGCGGGGCUCCCCCGCCCGGCGUGGGGGGAGCGUGGCCUGUAGACGCGGGACGGGGUGGACAGCAACGAUACCGGGAUCUGCCUAGCACUUUAAUUACACCAGGCACGUGGGGUCUGGUGUGUAGCGAGAGUUGAACCUAUUUUUUUAGGUCAGGUUUUAGACUGGGUGCGUUUUAAUUGCUUUUCUUGCAUUUUGAAAAGAGAGGAAUGGUAAUUUAAUAAAGCUGGGCAGGCGGGGGGUGCACGAGGUUAUCCACGAGGGGUCUGGGGGACGAGGAGCUUGUGGCACGGAGGACUCGCCGGGGAGCACGGCAAAGGAAGGAUCGUGGGGCCGAGGCAGGAGCGCGUGCCGUGUAUUCCCAGAGUCCAGGAAGCUGGCUGCGUUGAAAGCAAGGAUGCCGCUCUGCAGAGAGGGCAGGUACAUGGCUGGAGACCGGGAGCCAAGUCGCCCCCUUGCCAUGUCGGCUUUCUGU